AUGGUAGCAGACGCGGACGGCAAGACCUCGCCGCUGGUGUCCCUGCUAGCCGGCGGGAUCGCGGGCGGCGUCGAGGCCGCCUGCACGUAUCCGUUUGAGUUUGCGAAAACCCGCGUGCAGCUUUACGGCCAUGAGAAGGGCGUCCGGAAUCCCUUCUAUGUCGUGGCCAAGGUUGCGCGUGAGGAAGGUUUGGGGGCUCUGUAUAAGGGGUGCUCGACUAUGAUUGUGGGCUCAAUAGGCAAAGACGCAGUGCGCUUCGUAGCCUUCGACAAGAUCCGCUCCCUCUUCGAGGACCCGAGCACGCACCGCCUCGGCACGGCGCAAUCCAUCGGCGCCGGCAUGGUCGCGGGCGUCGUCUCGUCCACGGUAAUCGUGACGCCCUCGGAGCGCAUCAAGACGGCGCUCAUCGACGACGCCAAGACCACACAAAGAUUCCGGUCUCCGUGGCAUUGUAUCGUGUCCCUGUUCCGCGAGGAAGGCCUGCGGCGCGCCCUGUACAGCGGCUACGUGACCACGACCCUGAAGCAGAUCGGCACGACCGGAUUCCGGCUGGGUUCGUAUUCUGCUAUUAAGGACUGGGAGCGCGCGCGCGGGGUGCGGGAUGUCGAUGGGCCCGUGGUUAGCUUUGCGAAUGGCGCGGUGGCGGGCACGGUCACGACGCUGGCGACGCAGCCGUUUGAUACGGUUAAGACGCAGGCGCAGCGGGCGCGCGCGACGGGCACCGUGGAGGCGGUUACGACGAUCAUGAAGCAGGAUGGCGUGCGUGGGUUUUGGAGGGGCACGGUCAUGAGGCUGGGGCGGACGGUGAUGGCGGGUGGGAUUCUGUUUACGGCUAAUGAGCAGGCUACUAAGGGGAUUAAGGCUGUGCUGGGGCAGUAG